AUGAUAUUAGGUGGCGAUAUUCUCACCAGUAUACAGAAGCAGCGGUUUAGAGAAGUCUCCAGUUCGUCUGAUACAGAACUACACAACUCUACAAUGUCUGCUGUUUUAGUGACGGCUCUGUUGGUUGUAAAUAUCAUGUUUACCUGUGGACUUGACAUUUCAUUACAAAGUGAAUAUUAUAUGGAGGAUAAAGAUUUAUUGUGUGCCAAGUUACAUUGUGUAAAGAACACAAGAGAAGAUAAUGAAAUCUCCGCUCUUGUCAACAUGUCAGUCUAUAGGAUCAGUGAAUUAGAGGGGAAGAUUGUGUUGGCGUCUGUAUCAGAAUCAGAUUCAAGAGUUCGAGAUUAUAAAGUAACUGAAUCAAAAGUUGAUGGAAAGUUUUCAAAUGUGUUUGGAGAGUUGACCGUAUUAUUUGCAAAACCUUCUGAUUGUUUUAGUGCAGUGUUUGGAUGUGAUGUGUAUUACAUAAAUAGAAGCGGUCUCAUUGAGAUGAAAGAAAAUAAAACCAAAACUGUUGACCAAGACAAUUUCAAGCCGCUUUUGUUGAUAACCAUAGAGGCUAAAACUUCAGAGUUUGAUAAAACAAUUGAUAGAAUGUUAGAGUUUCUAAAAACAUUUAAAUAUUCUUAUAAGUUAAACAGUGCUGACUUAAAGAUGCAUUUACAGUUUUUAACAGAUGACAAACAUUCUAACCUUAGUUAUAAUACAACUUUAGUUAACCUUACCAAUGCGAUGGAAAGUAGAUUAAAUAGAUUGUUAUCUGCCCAAGGAUCUACAAUUCAGAGACUUGAAAAUCAAAUGAACAACGUUGUUUACAGAUUGAACACCUUAAAUAGCACAAAUCAAGAGCUCACGCAUUUUGAAUACAACUUAACUGAGAACUUACUAAAAACAAAUCAACAGAUAGAAGCAAACAAUAAAACACUUCAAAUACAUAAUAGGUCUGUGCAAAACGUAUCAAUUCUAUACAAUAUUUUACAGAAACAACUGGAGAGACUGAACUACAGUUUGGUUAAUUUAUCAUUUGAUAUACAGAGUUUAUCGGAUAUGUCAAAUCAAAAUGAAAUUCUAACAAAAACAAUGCAAGAUUUCAAAAAAGAUUUACUAAAUUUGACCAACAAAAUGUUAAAAAAUAGCACAGCGAAAUUGGAACAACGUCAAAAUAUAAGCAUUCAACAACUUAGGGAAAGCAACAAAAUACUCACAGAGACACAGUCAAUGACAAUGAAGGAUUUAGGUUCAGCUGUAUCGCUACUAAACAAUACUGACACUGAAAUACACGCCAGAAUUGAGAAGAUUAACAACACCAUUCAAAACCUGUUUACUAAAUCAAAUCAAGUUUGUGUCCUAGUCAGUAGAUUACACGGUAGCCCUGUUCUCAACGGAAGCGAACACAGACGUAUCAAAGGUGAUGUGAAUUUUGCAAGAACUUGGGACGAUUAUAAAAAUGGAUUUGGCUCAACUUCUGGAGACUUUUGGAUCGGAAAUAACGUCAUUUCUAAUUUGACACAUUUGGGUUAUAAUGAACUCAGAUUUGACAUGAAGUAUAAAGGUAAAGACUACUUCGCUGAGUAUAGAGGUUUUAAGGUAGAAAAUGAAGUAGCAAAGUAUAAGAUGAGCUUCAGGUCAUUCAGUUAUGGGAAUGUUAGAGACCAGUUUAGUCAUCACAACGGCAUGAAGUUUACAACCCUAGACUCUGAUAACGAUGUGUGGUCAGGUGUAAACUGUGCUGUGAACUACGGUAGCGGUGGUUGGUGGUAUGGUGCUUGUCACGAUGUUAACGUCAACGGUGAAUGGGCGAGUCGUGUUGCUGGUAAAGGAAUUGAAUGGUAUACAAUAACAGGCUCGUCUGACUCUCUAGACUUUGUUGAGAUGAAAAUUCGUCAAAUUUAA